CUGUAAUCUACUGAGUAACAGCUCUCACAUGCAGACCCUGUAAUCCAUUAUGCGUGGUCGAUCGGGUGCUUUUCUUAGCUUUUUAAAAAUCUCUCGCGGAUAUCAUUGUCGACGUUCAUAUGGAGUACUCACCGCACAGCAGUACUCAAGUUCAGAUUCAAAGCAGUAUGAUGGAAGGUUGUAUCCAAGCCAUAUCCCAACAAGUUCUGUCCAGAAGGCUGUUUUGGCGUUAGGUGCUGGUGUGGCUGCUCUAAAGAACCCCUACAGACAUGAUAUGGUUGCAGUGCUUGGGGAAACCACAGGGCACCAGGCCCUGAUCAAGUUAAGGGAUCGGAUGAGAAAUGACCCUGAAGGUUACACCAUUCUCAUAGAGCGUCCAAGGAUCCGUCUAUCUACGUUAGACCUCACUUGUAUGUCUGCUUUGCCAGAUGGGACUUUAGGAAGAGAGUAUCUCCGUUUCCUAGAAGAAAAUAGAGUCACCCCUGACUCGAGAGCUGAUGUGAAGUUUGUGGACAAUGAGGAGCUAGCGUAUGUCAUGCAACGAUAUCGUGAGGUCCAUGACUUGUUGCAUACCUUGCUUAAUAUGCCGACCAAUAUGCUAGGUGAGGUUGUUGUAAAAUUGUUUGAAGCUGCACAGACUGGUCUGCCCAUGUGUGUUCUGGGAGCAACACUUGGACCCCUCCGUCUGUCUGUCAGUCAGUCGUCUACAGUUGCUGGUUCAGUCUCUGGGACCGUGGGCUCUGCGCAAUGGCGGUCGUGCCCGAUGUGUUCUGAGCAUCUUCUACGAACGGCGCUGGGAGCAGAAGCUUGAUGAACUGAGACAUGAGUUAAACAUUGAGCCACCACCUCUCAAUCUGUUCCCAUCCAGCAAGAUUACAUCCUCAAACUCGUAGUAUGCUCACCUACCUAACCGAAAUAAUGAUGGAAAUUUUAGCUUGUGGGAGGGCCCCACAAGGAACCAACUUGAUGGAUACAUCCUAAUGGUAACAAAGAUCACAUUUUCCUUCUUCCUCUUAUGAUGGUAAAUGAUGCUCAAAACAUGUCAUGUAACAUUGUAAAAAUACUAUGGCAUGAAUAAGGAAGUAAAGAAAAUGAAGGAAGUUUAAUAUAAAUAAUUUUGUAAACAUCUAUUCACUGUUGAAUUAUCGGAUUAUAGGAACACUUUUUUUUUAAACUUUUUUUUUACUUUCAUAAAUAUGAAGCGGGGCAACUUGAUGGAUACAUAGUUUUGUAACCUGAAUAAGAAAACCAAAGAUGUACAAUUUAUAAUUAAAUUUUAUCUCAAAAUAAAUAAAAACAAUAAAUAAAUAAUAAUAAUGAAAAUAAUGAUCAAUCAGUUUGAAAUCUUGUGUGAUUAUAUAUUCUUCUAAUUCUUUACAUUUGUCUUUCAAAAAUUAAUAUUAAUAUAGUUCACCAUGCAAAGUGAAAACUGUGCAGUAGUCUGCAUUCACAUAACAAUAAGUUAUUCUUAUUCUUAUAACAAUAAGAAUCGUAAAUCAGAUAGGAUGCAUAAUAUAACAGUAAAUAAAACUUGGCAUAAAAUACAUCUAUUUUGUAUUCAUUUCGAAUUCGCUGCAGCAUGAGUAGUCUGUUCUCUGGUGAACCAGAAGGAAGUGAAUAUUGUCCUCUGCUGCCAUCCAGUGGUGUUUUAAACGGUAGGUUCCUGCUAAGAGGCGGUUCAUUUUUGUGUAAAAUCGGAGUAAUGUAAAAUGUAACAUUUUUGAAAUGAUAAAAAUAACAUGAAGU